GACUGUGAUCGGCAGCAGCGUUACGCAGGAGAGAAGAUGGGCUACUUUCCAGACUUUUCCAUCGAGACUUGGACUUUAAUAGUCAUUUUCAUCACCCUGGUUGCAAUUUAUGGAUAUGCUCCAUAUGGCUUUUUCAAGAAAAUAGGCAUCCAGGGACCCAAACCUUUACCUUUCAUUGGGACAUUUCUGGAGUACAGACAGGGCAUCCACAAUUUUGACACAAACUGCUACAAGAAGUAUGGGAAGAUGUGGGGGAUUUACGACGGCAGACAGCCUUUAUUGGCUAUAAUGGACACCGAUAUGAUCAAAACGAUCCUGGUGAAAGAGUGCUACUCCGUGUUCACCAACAGACGGGAUUUGGGCCUUAAUGGACCGUUGCGUGACGCCGUAACGGUGGUAGAAGAUGAGGAGUGGAAGAGGAUUCGCAGUGUGCUCUCACCAUCAUUCACCAGUGGUCGACUGAAAGAGAUGUACACAAUAAUGUUGAAGCACUCAAGCAAUCUGAUCAAGAGUCUGCACAAGAAAGUGGAGACAGAUGCAGUUGUCGAGGUUAAAGAAAUCUUCGGGCCGUACAGUAUGGAUGUUGUGACCAGCACCGCCUUCAGUGUGGACAUUGAUUCUAUCAACAAGCCCGCUGAUCCUUUUGUGGCAAACAUCAAAAGAAUGGUCAAGUUUAACUUGCUGAAUCCUUUGUUUGUGCUUGUGGUUCUGUUUCCAUUUUUAUCGCCACUUUUGGAGAAGAUGGAUGUGUCAUUCUUCCCCAGUGACGUGUUGAAGUUCUUCUACAGCUUUCUCAAGACGAUCAAAUCAGACCGGAAUAAGGAUGAACACAAGAGCCGAGUGGACUUCAUGCAGCUGAUGGUAGAUGCUCAAAUUUCGGAGAGCAACAAAGAAGAUGCAGGCUCCCAAAAAGGACUGUCUGAUCAGGAGAUUCUUGCUCAGGCCAUGAUAUUUAUCUUUGCUGGUUAUGAAACCAGUAGCAGCACACUCAGCUUCGUGGCCUACAAUCUGGCAACCAACCCUCACACCCAAAAGAUCCUGCAGGAGGAGAUUGAUAAAACCUUCCCUGAAAAGGUUCGGCCAACCUACGAUGCCCUGAUGCAGAUGGAAUACCUGGACAUGGUGGUGAAUGAAGCAAUGAGGCUAUACCCCAUUGCUACUCGAUUAGAGAGAAUGUCGAAGGCUUCUGUUGAAAUAAACGGUGUGACUAUACCUAAGGGAACCGUCAUCAUGGUACCAAUUUACACUCUCCAGCGUGAUCCUUCUUUGUGGCCAGAGCCUGAGGCCUUCAAACCUGAAAGGUUCAGCAAAGAGAAUAAGGACAACAUAGACCCUUAUGCCUUCCUACCCUUUGGAGCUGGGCCAAGGAACUGCAUUGGCAUGCGAUUUGCACUCCUGAUGAUGAAGUUGGCUGUUGUGGAGAUCCUUCAGGACUUCAGCUUUGUCACAUGCAAGGAGACAGAAAUUCCAUUGGAGCUGGCAGCUGAUGGAUUCAUGACACCCAAGAACCCAAUCAAGCUGAAGCUUGAGCCCAGGACAAGGAGCUAAUUCUGAUUAAAUGCAACUUGGCUUGUCUCAGUUUUGCCCUUUCAUUAUCCAUAUAAAGUAACAUAUGCUGCCUCAAGUGUCUCUUUUAGAAAACACUUUUUUUUUUGCUCAAAAAUAAAUUAAACACUUGUUUAUGUCAAGCAUGCACAGUGUACUGUAUAUCAAAGCACUAAUCAAAGAAGAGCAUAUAUCAGUAGUCUAGAUUUCAUUUCUACUGUGCUGUCGAUUUUUCUAAGCACAACUGUUUAUAUUUAGAGGACACACCUUAAUAUGACAGUAGAUCAUGCAUACUUUCACUAAUCAUUUCGUUCACAUUACCUCAAAACUGUACACUUUCAAUAAACGGAGUUCUACAAAUCAAACGACA